AUGCUGUGCCCAGAAGCUUGUCAGAUUCAAAAUGGAAAUCCACCUAAAGAAGAUGAAGAUUCAUGGAAAAAUAAAAGUAAGAAAAUGCCAAUUGAAGGUACAGGGAGUCUAGAAUUAAACUCGUACAAAAAUCCAAAAACUUGGAAGAAAUCUAUAUCGAACUUCUUUCGCAAUCAAAUUCGCCCAACUAAAUCUAAUGAUGGCGAUCGACCUUCAGGAAGCAAAGAACAGUUUGAGGAUAAAGAAAUAAGCCCAGAGCAAAAAUGGCAGUCUCUAGGGAAAAUAUUUAAACGUCAAAGUUUGGAAUAUUGGAGUAAGUCGCCAAGCUCACAAGGAGAGUGUUCAUCUUCGAGCAAACGUAUGCCCGUGAAAAAAGUUUUGUCAAGCUACUUCGGAAAAAGAAAUUCGUCUGUUGCUAACAAACAAAAUGGAGUAAUUGAUUGA